AUCGAACGUGGCAUCUAUAAUUUCGACGUGAAUCCCGUAACGUGCAAGUCACGUGCAAUACUUACCCGGAUAAUCCGUUCCCCGUAUAUCACGAAUGCCGACUCUCGCCAUUUCGACAGUCCCGCUGAACGUCGUCUCUUCGAAGACGUUGCUGGCGUUUCGGGGAACAGGUGCAUCAAACACGGCAGCUCUUCGACGGUCGUAGACUGGCAAACGACUGUGGGCGUAUUUUUUCAAGACCCGGAUAUCAGCAAAAAUAUCUUCCGUUUGCCAGCGUCGCCCGCAAUGAUCGACACGCUCGGCGCGUACCGUCCGACGUCGGGGAACGAGCAGUCUAAAUUCGGUGGAGAUACGAUGUGCCGUUCCGGAGAUAUUCGCGCGCGAGCGGAAGCGAGCGCGAUCGGCGGGAAAUCGCGUCGUCGUGGGAGAAGUCAGGAAGACGAUCACGGAAUCACUUUCGAGAUUAAUGAAUUCGGCGUGCGCGAGCCAAAUUCGGCCGAGAUCGGACUCGCCGUCUUUGAGAAACGCUCGUACGGACGGACACACAGACAGACAGAGAGCCCCCGGAUGAAUGGAAGCGGUGGUUGCAACCUACAGUUUCUGCAAAGUAGAAGUCAUCAACAGAAGAGGAGAGCUUUUUCAGGAUUCUUUUUGGCGUCAGCGGUUCUUUCCGCUUUCGUCGGUUGCGUCAGUCCUAUUCGGUUGUAUGGAGUCCCCGUUUCUGGAAUGAACGCUUUUGUUGAGUUGCUUUUCGUCGUAUGUUGUUUCCGUGGCUUAUGUUUCUUUGUUGUGAUCGAGUUUGCGUUCUGUCUAUACUCUUGUGGCUUCAGUGUCUGGGAUCAUCGCAUCCUUACCUUGCCUUCGUGGUCUAGUGCAUUUUCUCCGGAUUCUGUCGUCGUCAUCUCACCUUCGUCUCAUUGUCCAUCUUGUGACUUCAGCGUGUGGGAUUAUCGCAGCCUUACCUUGCCCUCGUGGCCUAGUGCGUCUUCUCCAGAUUCUGUCGUCAUCAUGUCGUCUUUCCUUCCUCUUGUCGUCCAUCUUGUGCACGUGACUUCAGUGUCUGGGAUCAUCGCAGCCUUACCUUGCCCUUGUGGCCUGUGCGUGUUCUCCAGAUUUUGUCGUCAUCAUCUCGUCUACCUCUUCGUCUUGUCGUCCAUCUUGUGACUUCAGCAUCUGGGAUUAUCGCAGCCUUACCUUGCCCUCGUGGCCUAGUGCGUUUUCUCCAGAUUCUGUCGUCAUCAUCUCAUCUUCCUCUUCGUCUUGUCGUCCAUCUUGUGACUUCAGCAUCUGAGAUUAUCGCAGCCUUACCUUGCCCUCGUGGCUUAGUGCGUCUUCUCGGAUUCUGUCGUCACCAUCUCCUGGUCUUCUUUGGAUUCAUUUCUUCUGACUUGCGUAUCUUGUACCUAGCUCUAGAGUCUAGCCUCUCGUAUGUAGUUUGCAAGUUUUAUGUUGUUAAUAGUGUUGGACUUUAGUUAUAGUUAUGUACUUUGCAGUGAUGUAUAAUAGUACCAUGUUUGAAAUAUAUGUAUUGACAGACAGACAGACAGACAGACAUACAUACAGACAGACAGACAGACAGACAGACAGACAGACACCUCUCCUUUAUAUAUAGAGAUAUGAUAGACAAUGCAAGGUAAGAUAAAUAUAACUGUAAGAGAGGAG